GUAGAGAGAGAGAGAGAGAGAGAGAGAGAGAGAGAGAGAGAUUGAACAAAAAAAUAUAAAGGGAGAGCGAAGAGGAAAUUGAAAUGAAAGCAUUUUGGUAAAGCAAGAGAUAAAAGAAGGAAAGAAAAAUCCAAAAUCCAAUUUCUUUCCUGUAAAAGACUGCAAAUUUCCCAAAAGCUUAUUAGGGUUUCGAAGUUUCCACCUAUCCAAACAAGAAAAGCAUGGCGGGGAAUUUUCCGGGAAAGUGAGUUGUUGUGGGUUAUCUUUUUAGUUGCGAUUCUGUUUCAUUUUUAGACCGAGGGAAAGUUUCUGCUGCACCAGAAAGUCGUAGAGAGAGAGAGAGAGAGAGAGAGAGAGAGAGAGAGAGAGAGAGAGAGAGAGAGAGAAAUAUGAUAGUAGCGUCGUCGUCAUCAUCGUCGUCUUCAGCUACUGUGGCUGUCGACAAGGCGACGAGCGAUCUUCUGAUAAGCCCUGAUUGGACUAUGAACAUAGAUAUCUGUGAUUCCGUCAAUUCUCAUCAUUGGCAGGCAAAAGAUGUCGUUAAAGCUGUAAAGAGACGUUUGCAGCAUAAGAGCUCCAAAGUUCAAUUUCUAGCCUUGACGCUUUUGGAGACAAUGGUGAAGAACUGUGGUGAUUAUGUCCAUGUUCAAAUCGCAGAGAGAAAUAUACUAGGCGAGAUGGUCAAAAUUGUCAGAAAGAAGGCAGAUAUGCAGGUAAGGGAAAAAAUCUUAAUAUUGCUGGACUGUUGGCAAGAGGCAUUUGGUGGACCUGGAGGAAAACAUCCUCAGUACUACUGGGCAUGCGAAGAACUAAGGCGUUCUGGAGUAGAAUUUCCCAAGCAUUCAUUAGAAGCACCUGCAAUUUUUACACCGCCUGUUACACAGACAACAUUGAGACAUGCUCAAGCAGGAUAUGGAAUGCCUAGCAAUUCCUCAAGAAGGCUUGAUGAAACGAUGGCUACAGAAAUGGAGAAUUUAAGUUUGUCAAGCCUGGAUUCUAUGAGGAAUGUUAUGGAGCUUUUAAGUGACAUGCUGCAAGCUGUGAACCCUAGUGACCGUAUGGCCAUAAAAGAUGAGGUGAUAGUCGAUCUUGUCAACCGAUGUCGUGCCAACCAGAAAAAACUGAUGCAGAUGCUAACUACAACUGGAGAUGAAGAACUUCUUGCUCGAGGUCUCGAUUUAAAUGAUGGUCUGCAAAGUUUGCUUGCAAAACAUGAUGCCAUUGUUUCUGGUUUGCCUGUGCCAACUCAAGCUACAAAUGUCAGUCCCCAGCCAACUGAAAAGUCUCUGUCCAGUUCCAAGCAGACUGAAGUAAAAGACUCCAGUGCAAGUGACUCUAGUCCAAAACCUAAUACUAAUCCGUCUGCACCAGUUGGUACCAUGACAAAGGUCCAGAUUUAUGAAGAUGAAGAAGAGGAAGAUGAAUUUGCACAGCUAGCUCGAAGGCAUAUUAAACCACGCGCAAUACCUCCUCAGAACACAUCUAGUGGCAGUGAUGAUGGUUUAGCGCUGGUGAGCACCAGCAGCACAAUAAAUCCAUCUUCCACAACAGCUACAUCUGUCCCAAGCAACGCAUUAGCUCUGCCUGAUCCACCAGCACAAGUUAAGACUACAAAAGAGCAGGAUAUGAUCGACCUAUUAAGUAUCACUUUAUCAACAACAGCUGCCUCCCCUGACACCACCCCUCAUGCCCCAGCAUCUAACCCUCAGGCUGCUCCAUCCAACGGCAACAUGCAUCAGGUACCUGUUUCCCCCAGUGUACAAGGGAAUCCCUAUCCUUCACAACCUUAUCCUGGAAAUCUUGGGAUGGCGUCCCAAAACAGCUAUGUUGUUCCGUGGGCACAACCUCAACCCCAACUCCAACAACAGUUCCGGCCACAAUUACAACCUCAAACACAGCCUCAAUUCCAGUCACAAUUUCAACCUCAAACACAGCCUCAAUUCCAGUCACAAUUUCAACCUCAAUACUCAUCUGGCUACCCCCCUCCACCAUGGGCAGCUACACCUGGUUAUUCUAACAACCAGAACCAUUUGUCCGCCAAUAAUAUGUUUUCAACUCCUCGGGCCAAUGCAACCACAUCUUAUAUGCCGGCACAAGGAGCUAGACCUCUGCAGCAUUUUAAUUCGUUUCCUGCGAGGGGAAUCAAUGGGUCAGAUAACAAUGGAGGUUUCCCAGUGAUCCCUGGUCCUAGGAGCCCUGCCCCUGCAGCAGGACAAAAGCCCUUUGUUCCCUCAUACCGAUUAUUUGAAGAUCUGAAUGUGUUUGGCAAUGCAGAUGGAAAGUUUAAGAUGACAAACAGCAACACGUCGUCUAGCUUGUCUGGGACUGCCGGCCAAGGUAUGGUGGGUGGGAGGAAGUGAAGUACUGGCCUACGAGUUUCAAACCGGGAUAUAAUAGCUAUAUAUGUGUAUAUCUUUGUAUAUCAGUAUCUGCAUCUUCUUCCAGUUUGGGAUGUACUCGAAGUUGGUUUAGAUUGAUACGCUCGUAGCUUAUCAGUUGUCAUUGAUCACCAAUUAUGUGUGUAGGGCUUCAGAAGAAUCAUUGCCUCUUAAAGACUUUGUAGCAUUUUGCUUCAUAAUCCGUGGAUUUUCAUUAUUGCGAAGUGAA